AUGUCGGCUCCAUCGUUUAUAGACAAAGCACGCGUCGACUACUCGGUGUAUCUCGUCACGGGUCGAGAACUUCUCCCGGCAGGAGUCGACUACUAUGAAUCACUCGAGCUGUCUCUUUCGCAGAACAAUGUCACAGUCGUCCAGAUUCGCGAAAAGCAUGCCGAGACCGACAAGUUUCUCGAAAUUGCACGUAGAUCGCUUGCCAUCUGCGACAAAUACGACGUGCCAAUGCUGAUCAACGACAAUCUCUCGGUAUGCUUAUCACUACCCGAACGUGUAGGACUGCACAUUGGGCAGGAAGAUAUCCCCGUUUCCGAGGCGAGAAGAAUUCUAGGCGAAAAGAGACUGUUAGGAGUAUCUGUCAAGACGGUAGAGCAGGCGAAAGUGGCGAUGAAACAAGGCAAAGUGGACUACGUCGGCGUGGGACCGUGUUACGGUACAUUGAGUAAGGCGGGAAUUACUGAGGACAAGGUGAUUGGGUGCGCAGGUGCACAGAAGAUCGUUGCUGAGUUGAAGAAGCAGGAAAAGAGGCUGCCAUGUGUUCUGAUCGGCGGCUUGAAUCAGAAAACCGCAGCGAGGACGCUGUUUGGUGCAACGAGCGCAGUAAAUGCUCCUGAUGGGAUUGCAGUCAUUUCGGCUAUUGUGGGUAGAACGGACUCGGAUGUGGCCGCAAAGGAACUUGCUGACGUUGUGGGCAAGUUCAAGGCAGGUGUCAUUGCUUCUACUGGAUCCUCUUCUAAUGGUGUGGCUUCGUCGUUCGCCCUCCCUCCUUCAACGGCUCAAGCAAAAAAGGACGUCGAGUGGUACAAAUCCGCCAUCGCCAACCUGCUCUCCUUCCAUCGCGAAGCUUCCCAAGGCCCACCGCUCAUCCAGACAAUUACAUCGCAUGUCUCCUCAACCAUGUCCGCCAACCUCGCGCUUGCAUUCUCCUCGUCGCCGAUCAUGUCGCACGAAGCCGCAGAAGCGGCUGAUCUCAGCCUCGCCAUCGGCGCGCUUGUUCUCAACAUUGGUACUAUCUCCCCCGCCUCACUUGAAGGAAUGCACGUCGCAGGAACCUGUGCCAAUCGCAAUCUCAAACCUGUAGUUCUCGAUCCUGUUGGUGGCGGAGCAACUCAAUUCCGCAAGGACGUUGUUCGAGGGCUCCUCAACGCUACCCAGGUGACACUACUCAAGGGAAACGCGGCCGAGUUGGCCAGCAUUGCGGGCAAAUCGGAUCAAGUCAAAAGUCGAGGUGUGGAUUCCGGCGCUGGUGCUCUUAAAGACGCAGUUGGUCUAGUCAAAUCUCUGGCGCAGAAAGAACGAUGUUUGGUUUUGUUGUCUGGCAAGAAAGACUAUCUCACCGAUGGACAGACGGUCAUUACGAGUGACAAUGGUCACCCGUUGCUUGGUGCGAUUACUGGAUCGGGUUGCGCACUAGGCGUUACGGUGGGUGCUGGUCUAGCGGCAGCCUGCAAUCUGGCCAAAUCACAAUCUGGCGAUACAGACGUGCGGUCACUAGGAAACACUAUCGUCGCCCACGGUCACGUAGAUUUGCUCGUCGGCGCAUUGACAGGUCUGUUGGCCAUGACCAUCGCAAGCGAAAAAGCUGCAGCAAGAGACGACGUCAAGGGUCCAGGAACCUUCAUCCCUGCAUUGCAAGAUGAGUUGGCCGCAAUCUCGGCAGCUGACAUUCACAGGUACGCCAAGAUCGACAUUGUCACCUCAUAG